GGGCGGGAGUAGGCGCCGGGUCCCUGGGCGCGCAGAGCCGCGAUGAGCGCGUGCAGCGGACGGCGCAGGCCGGGCCUGAGGCUCGCACUCCUGGCGCUGGUGAUCCUGAGCUUCCUGGUGCUCCGCAGAUUGGACUGGUAUCAUCUCAUCCCUCCAUGGCUAAGGCAUCGUCAAGCUGGGCUGCAGGCCAAAGGCCAAAACUUUGUGCUGGAGGACUCCACCUUCUGGAUCUUCGGGGGUUCCAUCCACUACUUCCGGGUGCCCAGGGAAUACUGGCGGGACCGCCUGCUAAAGUUGAAAGCCUGUGGCUUGAAUACCCUCACUACCUAUGUUCCGUGGAACCUCCAUGAGCCAGAAAGAGGCAAAUUCGACUUCUCUGGGAACCUGGAUCUGGAGGCCUUUAUCCUGCUGGCUGCUGAAAUUGGGCUGUGGGUGAUCCUGCGUCCAGGCCCCUACAUUUGCAGUGAGAUCGACCUGGGAGGUCUGCCCAGCUGGUUACUCCAAGACCCUGACAUGAAGCUGAGAACAACUUAUAAGGGCUUCACCGAAGCGGUGGACCUUUAUUUUGACCACCUGAUGUCCAGGGUGGUCCCUCUCCAGUACAAGCUCGGGGGACCCAUCAUUGCUGUGCAGGUGGAGAACGAGUAUGGCUCCUAUCACAAAGACCCCGCCUACAUGCCUUACGUAAAGAAGGCCUUGGAGGAUCGCGGCAUCGUGGAGCUGCUCCUGACUUCGGACAACAAGGAGGGCCUGAGCAAGGGGACCGUUAGUGGAGUGCUGGCUACCAUCAACUUACAGUCGCAACAGGAGCUACAGUUACUGACCAGUUUUCUCCUGCAUGCCCAGGGUGUUCAGCCCAAGAUGGUGAUGGAGUACUGGACAGGAUGGUUUGACUCGUGGGGGGACCCGCACCACAUCCUAGAUUCUUCCGAGGUUUUAAAAACAGUGUCGGCCAUCAUUGAUGCUGGCUUCUCCAUCAACCUCUACAUGUUCCAUGGAGGCACCAACUUUGGUUUCAUUAACGGGGCCCUGCAUUACGAUGAGUAUAAGUCCGACAUCACCAGCUAUGACUACGACGCUGUGCUGUCGGAGGCUGGGGAUUACACAGCCAAGUACUUCAAGCUCCGAGACUUCUUCAGCUCCUUGUCAGGUGCUCCCCUGCCUCCCCCACCUGGUCUUCUUCUCAAGACCGCAUAUGAGCCAGUGAUGCCAACUUUCUACGUGUCCCUGUGGGAUGCCCUCAAGUACGUGGGAGAGCCCAUCAUGGCUGAAAAUCCAGUCAACAUGGAGAACCUGCCGGUGAACGAGGGAAACGGACAGGCCUUUGGGUACACGUUGUAUGAGACCACCAUCACCUCCUCUGGUGUCCUCAGUGGUCGGGUGCGCGACCGGGGACAGGUAUUUGUGAACACCGUUUCCAUAGGAUUCCUGGACUACAAAAAUGAGGAGAUUGUUGUCCCCUUGAUCCAGGGUUACACCGUGCUGAGGAUCUUGGUGGAGAAUCGUGGGCGAGUCAACUACGGAGAAAAUAUCGAUGCCCAGCACAAAGGUCUCAUCGGAAACCUCUAUCUGAAUGGUUCUGCCCUGAAAAAAUUCAGAAUGUAUAGCCUGGAUAUGAAAGAGAAGUUUUUUCAGAGGUUCAGCCUCGACAACUGGGAUUCUGUCCCCAAUGAACCUACGUUCCCGGCUUUCUUCUUGGGUGUCUUGAUGGCUGGCCCCUCUCCUUUGGACACCUUCCUGAAGCUGGAGGGCUGGGAGAAGGGGGUUGUAUUCAUCAAUGGCCAGAACCUUGGACGCUACUGGAACAUUGGGCCCCAGAAAACCCUCUACCUCCCCGGUGUCUGGUUGAAGAAAGGAAUCAACCAGGUCAUCGUUUUUGAGGAGAACAUGGCAGGCCCUGUGAUACAGUCCAUGGAGAUCCCCAACCUGGGCCGGCAGCAGUACAUUGACUGAGCAGCCCUGCGCCAUCUCCUGGCUGCCCAGCCCCUCCAGGUCGGGAGUGAGGAGGGCGAAUGCCCACCCGCCUCCUGGUGGAUCCCAGGGUCUGGCAGGUGCUCCAUUAUGCCCUCUAGUGGCAGGAGAAGUUCCUUAUGUAGCAACCUCAGGGAACCUCGUGGCUCCACGUCCACCCACAUCCUCCUUUCAGGACCCCAUACCCGGGACAACUAAUGAAAGAGGGUGAGGUGGGGAGGACACUCCCAGGGCUGAUGGCUCCUUUCCUGCCUUCCCUGUUGGGGAUGAAUAGCUGGGGCCCUCAGGAGUGGGGCCUGCCGGCAGUCAGGCCUGAUCCCCACAUGGGGAGCCAGUCUUCAGUCUGCUGGAGACACCUGUGCUGCUCUCACCAAACCAUCCCAACCAGGCUUUGCCCGGCCCUCAGGGCCCCUUUUGUUUCUGAAGUAGUGAGUUUAGGACCAUUUGUAGGAGGUAGGAAAGGGGAGGGCAUCACACCCAUGUUGGCUUUGUUCUUUCUUCCCAAAUCCAACCCAUCCUCUGGGAUUCCGAGGAAGCUCUGCUCCAGAGGCACACACAGUUUUCUCUGUUUUGUCCCCAUUUGAUGGGACGACAAACCAAAGCCUAGAGAAGCAGAAACACCCAGCUACACAUGUUCCUGAAUUAGAAACUAUUUCCAGUUUUGUCCAGUGAGGAUAAAUGAGACAUAAAUUCCAGGGAGGAGAGGGGAAGAAGGCCCGGCCCUAGUAAUGGUGGGCAGGCACCCGGGAAUGUCAGUGUGGCUGCAGAGGCCGCAGGCCGAGCCCUCCUGCCCCUCCCUCCUCCUUCUGCCAGCUGUAACCAAGCAGCUAGGGAGAAGGGGUGGCCUCCUUUCACAGCUGUCUCCAUGUUCCAAAUUUUAGGCGCUUGCACUGGAGAGCGAGUUCUGUGAUUUGGUUCAGGUUUGCUGUUCUGAAUAGCAAUAAAGCAAUGGAGCUUAA